AUGAAGUUACCUAUACCCGAGUUGAAAAAGAAACUUGACUCAUUGACAGGUUCAUACCGACGCGAAAAGUCAAAGCAGAGAAAAAGUAAUAUCACUGGUUCAGGCGCUGACGAAAUUUAUAUAUCGAAGUGGUUUGGUUUCAAAUAUUUUGACUUUAUGUCAAAUAAAGAUGACACAGGAAUUACAAAAGAAGGCGGAAUAGAUAUCAGCAAUCUUUCUCAACAACUAGGACCAUCACAACAACCUACGCCAUCGCCACAACAACCCGAGCUAUCCCCACAAGAACCCACGCCAUCCCCACAAGAACCCACGUCAUCCCCACAAGAACUUACGCCAUCGCUACAAGAACCAUCGCCAUCGCCACAACAAACAUUGCCAUCUUCACAACCAUCGCUAAAGCUAAAAAAAGACGGCUGA